GCUCUUAGAAGCUUAUCGCUCUGUAGUGGAUAGCUACCACCAGGUUUAAUUUCGGUGAAAUUCGGUGGCAUGGCGAUGAUGGUAUAGCUGUACAACGCCAGUCGAUUCGAUGCAUGACAAGUAUAAUGUGUGUGUGUGUUCACUUUAAGGGAUGAGGCGGCGUGGAAUUUCUGCAUGAGGAAGUGUGUAUACGGGAGUGAGGGAGGAAUAUCGGAUGAUAGGAAAGAAAAUCGAAUGGUGAAUGUGAGACAUAUGAGCGAUUCAGUAAAAACCACAAUUUUGUACAUUGCCCAAAGAUUUUUGGACAUUCUGGCUCCACAACGGUGACGAAAGCUGUGGACAGCAGACCGGGGACAGCCAGAGCAAGAUUUGGAAAGCAGGUCCUGGUUACCCAUCACAGGGGGGGACGGCCGAGUUCAGUGCCAUGUCCCAGGGUUAAGGCCACGGCGGUAAGAGUCAGAGAGCCAGGAGCGGUCAGAAAUAUGAAGCUGAAGCAGCGCGUGGUGGUGCUAUGUGCUGUUCUGCUGCUGCUGGGACUGGCCAAGGUCUUCCUGCUGGACGGGGGCGAGGGCUCGGCUGCCAGUCGGCGAGACUUGCGCGCCUUCAGAAAGAUGGAGGCCGGGCUGCAGCUGGCCAAGGGGGCACGGCUCACACACACUCUCCAAUCACCCUGGGAGGUGGCGGCGCAGUGGGUGGGGCCCAGGGAGGUGUACCCAGAUGACACCCCAGAGAUGGCAGCAGUGCUCACAGCCCUGGUGACCGCCCGGGUGGAGAGGGCUGACGUGGGCUACAAGGGCACCCAGCUGAAGGCCCUCUUAGUGCUUGAUGGGGGACAGAAGGUGGUCUUUAAGCCCAAGAGGUAUAGUCGAAAUUAUGUGGUAGAGGGGGAGCCGUACGCAGGCUACGACAGACACAAUGCUGAGGUGGCAGCUUUUCACCUGGACAGGAUCCUUGGUUUCAGAAGAGCUCCCCUAGUGGUAGGGAGGUUUGUGAAUCUGCGCACAGAGAUCAAACCAGUGGCCACAGACCAGUUGCUGAGCACCUUCCUUAUGCAAGGGAACAACACGUGCUUCUAUGGGAAGUGUUACUACUGCCGCGAGAGUGAGCCGGCGUGCGCAGAAGGUGAGGUGAUGGAGGGCUCUGUCACCCUGUGGCUCCCGGACGUGUGGCCCCUGCAGAAGCACAGGCACCCCUGGGGACGCACCUACAGAGAGGGCAAACUGGCCAGGUGGGAGUAUGAUGAGAGCUACUGUGAAGCGGUUAAGAAGAUGCCCCCUUACGACGCAGGACCCAGGCUGCUGGAUGUCAUCGACACCGCUAUCUUUGACUACCUUAUAGGGAAUGCUGAUCGGCAUCAUUACGAGAGUUUCCAGGACGACGGAGGCGCGAGCAUGCUCAUUCUUCUGGAUAAUGCUAAAAGUUUUGGGAAUGCAGCCCUUGAUGAGCGGAGUAUUCUGGCCCCUCUGUACCAGUGUUGCAUGAUACGCGUGUCCACGUGGAACCGGCUGAACCUGCUGCGGAGUGGGGCCCUGAGCUCCGCCAUGCGGCAGGCCUCGGCCCACGACCCCACGGCCCCCGUGCUGGCCGAGCCCCACCUGGCCGCCCUGGACCGCCGGCUCGUGGGCAUCCUGGCCACUGUGCGUCAGUGCAUAGAAACCCAGGGCCUGGACAGCACCCUGAUCGAGGACCGCAUGAACCUGCCGCACCCCUAGAGACGGACACUGCAGGAGGGGGGGCAGCUGGCCGUGGCCGGAGGGGCGGGACGCUGCCUCAGUGGAUCGCACUGACUGACAAUCCGGAGGAAACCUCAUCCUGACCAGCAAAGCGGACGCUUUUCAAAGCACCCUGAUUCUCACCCCUGCUGUUACACCGACGCUACAAAACCCCAUGUGCCAGGAUGACUGCUGGCAGUAAACUUUUAGAAACGAGUAGCUGGUGUUUGGAGGUUCUCUCCAUAGGCAGAGAGCGUGGAGGGGCAAAUGCCAAAGUCUGAUUCGUGGGGUGUCAUCUGAAAAGACCCGCUGGUGGAAUGGUCAGAGACGACACGGUGGGCGAGGGGAGUCUGUAGCCUCAGGUCUAAGGGUUUGUGCCCCCAGUGACAUGUGCUUGUGCCAGAUGGAAAUCUCUGCAGACAGAAAGCAGGAGGUCUGUGGAGGGGACACAUUGGGGGGGAGGAGUUCUCCCAUCUUGUGAAUGAGAAGUUACAAACUGAACCUACGAACCAAACAUGUACAGAGAAAAUUGUGAAAUAAUAUUAAUGAGGAUUAUAAUAAUGAGAAUAUAAUAUUAAAAGAAACCUAAUGUAGUGUCAGAUUUAUUUACAGUACUGUAUAUUGGAAUGGGGUUUGGUUACGGACU